UCUCUCUCUCUCUCUCACUCUUUCUCUCUAUAGGCUAUAGCUCCUCCUCUGCCUUUUCGUCACCAGCUCAGCUCCUAAUCACUACCAUUUUUCGUUUUCGUGUUUCGAAAAAACAAUAAAAACGCUUCACAGAAAUCUGAGGGAAAAACCAAUCAGCUUUUAUCAGAGACGUAAGUGGAGUAGGUCAAAAUUAGGUGCAAUAUGGAAGAAACACAAGUGAGUUCAGAAAUCCCAGUGAAGACUUUUGAGGAUGCCAAAACAACAAAUGCCGAAGCAAUCAAGGAAUCGAAUGGGGACUUGCUACCAGUAGAACAUGAAGGAAAGAAAGAAGAAGAGGAAGCAACUUUUGAUGGAGAGUUCAUAAAAGUUGAGAGGGAAUCACUAGAUGUGAAGGAUGGUUCUCAUCAUGCUGCUGAACCAGCAUUGGUGGAGGACAAGCCAUCGGUUAUUGAGAGAAGCUCAAGCAAUUCAAGCAGAGAAUUGCUGGAAGCCCGGGAGAAGGUGAGUGACCUUGAGCUUGAAAUUGAAAGGUUGGCUGGUGUGUUGAAACAUUCGGAAUCAGAGAAUUCUGAGCUGAAGAAUGAGGUCUUGCUUACAAAAGAGAAGCUGGAAGAAAGUGGAAAGAAGUAUGAAGAGCUUGAACUCAGUCAUAAGAAAUUGCAAGAGCAAAUUGAUGAAGCUGAGGAGAAAUACAGUUCACAGCUCAAUGUUUUGCAAGAGACGUUGCAAGCUCAGGAAGAAAAGCACAAGGAUCUGGUCGGGGUGAAGGAAGCAUUUGAUGGUCUCAGCCUUGAGCUUGAAAGCUCAAGAAAGAGGUUGCAGGAACUGGAGCAAGAGCUUCAGAGUUCUGCCGGUGAGGCACAAAGGUUUGAGGAGCUGCACAAGCAAAGUGGUUCGCAUGCUGAAACCGAGACAAAGAAGGCCUUGGAGUUUGAGAAACUGCUUGAAGUGGCAAAAUUGAGUGCAAAAGAGAUGGAAGAUCAGAUGACUUGCAUACAAGAAGAACUCAAGGGCUUGUAUGAAAAGAUUGCUGAGGAUGAAAAAGUCAAAGAAGCACUCAACUCUACUGCUGCUGAGCUUUCUGCUGUCCAAGAAGAGCUUGCUCUAUCAAAGUCCCAAGGUGUGGAUUUGGAGCAGAACCUCUCUGCCAAGGAAGCUCUUAUAAAUGAACUGACUGAAGAAUUGGGCCUGAAAAAGGCCUCAGAAUCUCAAGUCAAGGAAGAUAUUUCCGCUCUCGAAAAUCUGUUUGUGUCGACUAAAGAAGAUCUUGAUGCCAAGGUUUCUGAAUUGGAAGAAAUCAAGUUGAAGCUGCAGGAGGAAUUGAGCGCCAAGGAAUUGGUUGAAGCUGCACAAAAAACUCACGAGGAAGAGUCCUUAGUUUUACAGGAGAAAUUGGCAAUAGUAACCAAAGAAAAAGAAGCUCUGGAAGCAGCUGUGGCAGAUCUCACUGGUAAUGUACAGCUGACGAAGGAUUUGUGCAGUGAUCUUGAAGAAAAAUUGAAGCUUUCAGAAGAGAAUUUUGGCAAAACAGAUGCUCUUUUGUCCCAAGCUUUGUCAAACAAUGCAGAGCUUGAACAGAAGUUGAAGUCACUGGAAGAGCUCCAUAAUGAAGCAGGAGCUUCUUUUGCAACUGCCACUCAAAAGAAUCUUGAGCUUGAGGGUAUUAUUCAAUCUUCAAAUGCAGCAGCAGAAGAGGCAAAAUUGCAACUGAGAGAGCUUGAGACUCGCUUUAUAGCAGCAGAACAAAAGAAUGCAGAGCUUGAGCAACAGGUAAAUGUGGUAGAGCUGAACAGAGGAAUUGCUGAAGGUGAUCUGGAAGAACUCUCCGAAAAAUUAUCUGCACUCAGUACUACAUUGGCUGAGGUUGAGGAAGAAAAGAAACAGUUGAAUGGUCAGGUGCAAGAGUACCAGGAGAAGAUAAGCCAGCUGCAAUCUUCCUUAGACCAGUCAUCUUUGCAGAAUUCAGAGCUUCAGGAGGAAUUGAAGAUUGCCACAGAGAAAUGUGCUGAACAUGAGGGCCGGGCCAGUACACACCAUCAGCGAAGCUUGGAACUUGAAGAUUUAUUCCAACAAUCUCAUACCAAAGUGGAGGACACUGGUAAAAAGGUGAGUGAGCUGGAGUUGUUACUUGAAACAGAGAAGUUCGGAAUCCAAGAACUUGAGGAACAAAUAAGUGCAUUGGAAAAGAAAUGUCUGGAUGCAGAAGCAGAUUCAAAGAAUUACUCCAACAAGAUAUCUGAACUUUCUUCUGAACUUGAGGCAUUCCAAGCAAGAACAUCUAGCCUUGAAGUUGCACUGCAAGCGGCCAAUGAAAAGGAAAGGGAGUUAACAGAAUCCUUGAAUGUUGCUACAGAAGAGAAGAAAAGGUUAGAGGAUGCAUCAAACAAUUCCAGUGAGAAGCUUUCUGAAGCAGAAAAUCUGUUGGAAGUCUUGAGGAGUGAAUUGAAUCUAACUCAAGGGAAAUUGGAAAACAUUGAAAAUGAUCUCAAGGAGGCUGGAAUCAGAGAAGGCGAGGUCGUAGUGAAACUCAAGUCUGCCGAGGAGCAACUGGAGCAGCAAGGCAAAGUAAUAGAGCAAACAACAUCCAGAAACUCAGAACUUGAAGCGCUACAUGAAUCCCUAGUAAGGGAUUCAGAGAUCAAACUCCAGGAAGCAAUAGGAAGCUUCACUAACAGGGAUGCCGAGGCAAAUUCUCUGCUUGAGAAACUGAAGAUUCUUGAAGAUCAGGUGAAGGUUUAUGAAGAGCAGGUUGCCGAAGCAGCAGAAAAAUAUGCAUCAUUGAAAGAAGAACUGGAUAACAGCUUGACCAAAUUGGCUUCUUCGGAAAGUACUAAUGAAGAACUCAGUAAACAGAUCUUGGAAGCAGAAAACAGAGCUUCUCAGUCCCUCUCAGAAAACGAACUGUUAGUUGACACAAAUGUUCAGCUGAAAAGCAAGAUUGAUGAACUACAGGAAUUUUUGAACUCUGCUCUAUCUGAAAAAGAAGCCACUACAAAAGAGCUUGUUUCCCAUAAGAGCACAGUUGAAGAAUUAACAGAUCAGCACUCAAGGGCCUGUGACCUUCAUUUGUCUGCUGAAUCCCGCGUUGUGGAAGCCGAAACCAAGUUGCAAGAAGCAAUUCAGAGAUUCAGUCAAAGAGAUUUGGAAGCUAAAGACUUGCUUGAGAAGCUAGAUGCUCUAGAAGGCCAAAUAAAAUUGUAUGAAGACCAGGCUCAAGAAACAUCUUCAGUUUCUGAAACCAGAAAAGCAGAGCUGGAAGAGACUCUCUUGAAGCUGAAGCAUCUGGAGAGUAUUGUUGAGGAACUGCAAACCAAGUUAGCUCACUUUGAAGAAGAGAGCAGAAAACUGGCUGAGGCAAACAUAAAACUUACAGAGGAAGUGUCCAUAUAUGAGUCCAAACUGAGUGAUGCAGAAGCAAAAAAUUCUACUGCCCUUGCUGAGAAGGAAGAGACAGUUGAACAACUUCAGGCUUCAAAAAAGACUAUAGAAGAUUUAACGGAGCAGCUUUCUUCGGAAGGGCAGAAACUACAAUCUCAGAUAUCUUCAGUUAUGGAUGAGAACAGCCUGCUUAAUGAAUUGAAUCAAAAUAUUAAGAAGGAACUCCAGCAAGUGAUAUCCCAGCUCGAAGAACAACUCAAGGAGCACGAAGCAGGAGAAGAUGCCUUAAAAUCUGAGGUUGAAAAUCUCAAGGCUGAGGUUGCUGAGAAAUCUUUGUUAGAGAAGUCUCUCAAGGAGCUUGAAGAGCAAUUGGUGAAAACUGAAGCUCAACUAAAACAAGAGGUUGAAAGCGUUAAGUCAGCUGCUGCUGAAAGAGAGGCAGAGUUGACUUCAAAAUUGGAGGAUCACGCACAUAAAGUCCAUGACAGAGAUUUAUUAAAUGAACAAGUUGAAAAACUUCAGAGCGAGAUACAUAUUGCUCAGGCCACUGUUGCUGAAAAGAAAGAAGCAGAUUCUCAAAAGGACCUGGAACGAGAGGCAUCAUUGAAGCAUUCUCUUGAAGAACUUGAAGCUAAGAAUAAAGAAAUCACUCUUCUAGAGAAGCAAGUCAAAGACCUUGAGCAAAAAUUGCAGCUAGCCGAUGCCAAAUUAACAGAAAGGGGUGAUGCCAAUGUAGCCGGAUUGGAAGUGAAAUCUAGGGACAUUGGAUCAACCAUUUCAACUCCAUCAAAGAGGAAGAGUAAGAAAAAGUCAGAGGCAGCACUUGCUCAAACUUCAUCAUCUUCAGAGAUCCAUACUCAUACUGCUGAGGCUUCCCCUCUGAUGAGCAUUAAGUUCAUUGUGGGAGUGGCUGUGGUAUCUGCCAUCAUUGGCAUCAUUCUCGGUAAACGAUACUAGAUUUGCUACUGUGGUUUUUGGUUUCGCCCCUCAGGUGUUGGUGAUAUUAUUUUUCUUUAAUUGUUUCGGUUGGUAUAAAUUAUGCACAGAAGAUUGAAGGCUUGGUUUUUGUGCUUUCAAGCUUAGUUUUUGAGGUUGUUGGUCAAGGAAUUUAUUUUAAUGCCUAU